UCUGUAACUUUCUCAUUAUUCACGAUUCAUUCAGGACUAUCUGUAGUCAUGGUACCAUCUACAUUAAUAUAGAAGUGUUUAGAAUCAUAUUCUAUUCUUAUUUACAAUGAAAGUGACUCCACAAUUACACAGUACAUUAUUUACCAUUUCGUUUCUAUUGGGCACAAAAUAAUCUGAGACACAACCAAAACAAACAGCCAAUGCAUCCAACAAGUUUGCUUGAUGUACUCAUUGCGUGCAAUGAAUAUGGGACCAAAUACUUAACUUUUUACUACUUUAAUACACAUAAGUGAAUUUGUCGCAAUACUUUUGGUCCCCUAUAAUGGGGGACUUUGUACAAACAAUGCUGUAAUUUCUAAACGGUUCACCAGAUAUGGAUGAAAAUACCUUCAAGUUAAAGCUGACUGUCUGUACUUCAUGGUCAUUGUAUCAUUUCAAAUCCAAAGUGCUAGAGUACAGAGCCAACACAACAAAACAGGUUUUAUUGUCCCAAUACCUUUGGAGCUCACUGUAGGUCCAACAGAUGAAAGGGGAAGAUGCAAGCUGUCUAUUGUAAUACCUUGAUGUUCCUAAACAGACUUCCUACAGUCACUGACACCUUUCUUUCAAUGGGUGUCACACAUAAGCCUAAUGAGUCCAAACUUUUCACAGAAGCUGCAUGGACAAAAAUAAUGUCCAAUAUAAAGAAAAACGUGAAUGUCUGUUGACAGUUUUACUGCUCAUGAUAUUUUAAUAGAACAUUGGUUAUAGGCUACUAGGCUAUUGCGUUCCUACGCUGGCAAAAUCGAUGCCGAAACCAAUUGUGUUACCACUAAGACCAGCUUUUGGUGAGUGUUAAAUAUCACCAGUAUCGCUGCUUGAAAUUGGCACAUUGGCACACGUUUUUAAGGACACAUCUCAAAUAUUUCCACCACUCCCACCUCAGCGCAAGCAAGCUGAUAUAAGACAGGUAAAUUACCAACCCUGGCGCCAGGUUUGGAGAAUAGUAGAGCGCAGGCUUUUACAAGUCGAAAUUGCCAAAGAGCGUGCGUUGGACACUAGCACUGCCUUAACACAGGCCGAAAAUAGGGCCCCUAGUUUAGCAGGUAAAAAAACUACGGUUUUCUUGACUCCCCUAGUGUAGCUCAAGAUUAAGAGACAUACGCAUAAUGCCAACUAUAAGGAUGAAAGAGAGAACGCAGAGAAACAGGUGAGCUGUUCUAAGAUAACAAAAAAAAAAAAAAAAGGAAUAUGUGAAUGCACUUGCCACACCUGCAUUAAACGUCAUAUGGGAUCAGCCCCAAUGCCACAUUACAACUUACUCACCUGCCUAACAGUAUAUAUAUGUCGUACAUAUAAGCCUAUAGUGCCAACCCAACGGGACUACGCAGAAGAACGGGUGAAUGCACAGAAACAGGUGAGCUCAUCUUACAUAUUUGGUUGUAGAAUGCAAAAUGUUAAAUGUCAGUGAAUACAAAUUGGAGAGGAUAAUGAUAUUCAUGGAUAUGAUGAUGAUGAUAAUCAUUUUUUCUCCUAGAUUGGAAUGGACAAGGAGUUUGUGACAAUGGGAAAUCAAAUAAAGGUUAUUGUGCUGCUUCUGUUCAUGAUGAGCAUUAAUAUCCCUCCAGCCACCACAUCAACAACCACUGGCAUUAAUAUCCCUCCAGCCACCACAUCAACAACCACUGUGUGUGGCAUCACUCCACACAACACCAGAAUAGUGGGAGGUCAAGAUGCCCCUGCAGGAAGUUGGCCCUGGCAGGCAAGCCUCCAAGAAUCUGGCAGCCACGUUUGUGGUGGGUCCCUCGUCAACAAAGAGUGGGUGAUGUCUGCAGCCCACUGCUUCUCCAGCUCAAGCCCAAAUGGUUGGAGCAUUAUCCUUGGUCGACAGAACCAGCAGGGCAGUAACCCCAACGAAGUGUCCACAACUGUGGCUGAGAUCGUUAUACAUCCAGCUUACAAUGGAAGCACAAAAGACAACGACAUCGCUCUGCUCAAACUCUCCUCACCAGUCAACUUCACUGACUACAUCUUUCCCGUCUGUCUGGCAGCAAGUGACAGUGUUUUCCACAGUGACACAGAGAGCUGGGUGACCGGCUGGGGCGACGCCAAUGAAGGACAUCCCCUUCCCCCACCCCAGACUCUGCAAGAAGUGGAGGUUCCAGUUGUGGGGAACACACAGUGUAACUGCCUCAAUGGGGUUGGCUCAAUCACAGACAACAUGCUCUGUGCUGGUGUUCUGGAAGGGGGCAAGGACUCAUGUCAGGGUGACUCAGGAGGUCCAAUGGUGGUUAAACAGAACUCUGUCUGGGUCCAGUCUGGGGUUGUUAGUUGGGGUAAUGGCUGCGCUCGGCCCAAUCUCCCUGGGGUCUACACCAGAGUGUCCCGUUACCAGUCCUGGAUCGACUUCCAGAUCAGCACCGACAAGCCAGGCUUUGUGGAGUUUACAUCCAGUGGGGUAGAUGCUGACAGCAGUUACAUCUGUCCUACUGUCGACCCCACUGUCUACCCCACUGACACAGAUUCCAUUUUUGAUAAUGGGCAGGGUUUGUUCGGCUCCCUUUAUAUGCUGAGCGCCUUGUUCAUUCUGGUGUUUCUUACCAUUUAAAUAAUUGAUUCUUACAAUCAAGGGCGUGUUUUAUUGGCAGCCUGAGUUCAUGUACUAUUCGUUCGGGAGAUUUCUCUUUCAAAGUAAAGGCUGACGUGCCCUGGGAGAACAAGAGUGGGGAAGGAGGUAGCCUAUUGCCUAAAAUUCUAUCCAGUAUUGGAUGUGCAAUGAAGUCUUUGAGUUACCCCAGAUCCGCUCCCCUGUUCCCUGGGCACAUCUUCCUCAGUGAGUGUUGUUUUCAAUGGGCAUUACUAUUGUAUUGAUUUAUUUGUGAAGAUGGAUAACUUGAAAUAUAUUUACCUAUUCAUUCAAGGGGCAAUAAGAGAUUCAAACAAACGCACACCCUGCUUUGGUAAACAGCUGAGGGAUAGGGCUGGAGAAAUGUAACUCAAAUUCAUAGACAGAGCUUUAGGUGCAAGGAGUGACUGAUAGCUUUAACCAUGUUUUGUAAGGUUUACAAUGUUGCCUUACAAUUAAAACAAGCUUAUAUUUUGGCUUGUGGUGAAGCAGGACAGUUGCACUAAGCUCAUGAGUCAUUUUAAGUUAUAUUCUUCUAGAAUGAAUGGCUAUAUAUCUUUAAAGAUGCACUCCAGUCUCCUUUUCAUUUAUCACCUGAAUUACUUAACAAAAGUCACAUCUCAAUAGGUGGUCCAGGUAUCCUCAUGACAAGGCACAAAGGGGGGUGGGCCUUUCCUCUUUUGUUCUCGAUUGCUCCUCUAUUGUUCCCACAAGCAAGGGGGAGUCAGAUGACAUCCGAGUAAACCCAUCAGACCAACUUCUUUAAUGGCAAACUCUCAAAGUUUGCAGUUGUGUCUAAAAAACACAAAAAUAGCUGGUGUGUGUCUUUAAUUUAAGUCUGAAAAUGGUUGUACCAUUCCAGAUUGCCCUUUUAAUAUUUGACAAAUGACAUAUCCUUUAGCUUUGAAAGCUGUAUAAGAAUGCAAAAUCAAAUCAUUAUGGUGUAGUGGUUAGUGGUUAGUGCCGCAGCCCCCAGAGCACAUGUGGUGUUGGCAUAUGUGACACACUUUCCUGUCUCCUCUUCUAUCUUUCCUAUCAAUAAAACAUGGGUAACACUAUAUUUUUAUCAGGUACACAUAUUAACCAACCCUGAAGAAGGCACUGCGCUACCGAAACGUUGGUAAUGAGGUUUACCCAUUAAAUUGUUGGGCGCAUA